GGAUCCGAGAGAGACCAGCAUACAGUCCAGUGUCCUGUCCUACACAAUCCACGGCCUCCUCAAGUUUGGAAAGAAAGCAAGAAAAGAAAGAAAGGAAGGAAGAAAGAAGAACUAAACACCUUCCCGACAACUUCCCACCGUCUCUCCUGUGGUUUAUACUCUCGUCGAAGCUGUGAAGCAGCAGUGUGACUCUGAGAUUCUUGCCUGCAGUUAAAAAAAACUUUUUUCUUGUUUUAAAACUGUUGUUUUGUCGCUUUUUCGACUGAGUCUGGAACUCAACAUUUAUCGUACACCUCGGUGCUUUUAAUCGGACGACGUUUGAGCAGUUUUUACAGCUAUUUUCGGUGUUUUUCCCUCUAAACUGCUCAGAGGUGACCAGAGCUGCUGUGAAUGAAGUAUCUGUUGAGCUGAAGAAAUCAGCGCGUCUCCAUGAGGAAACUCAGCGUGGGAGUUACUGAAACUUUGUCCUAGUUUACACACCUGAGCGGUUUCCUCUAGACAUACUCUAGUUUUUUCUCCGUGUAGGUAACUUUCUUGUUUUUAGCUGACACAACAUGAAGCCGCUGUUGGUGCUGUGUGUAGUGUGCACGCUGGUCGUGUUGUCUGUGUCGAUGACUGCGGAGCAAAAGUUGAAAAACUGCAACGACGUCCGCGCUGCUUACAGCUCCAAAGGCUUCAACGUCAACGACGUGCCCAACAAAGGAGUCAACGGAGCCCCGUUGAAAGUGUGUCCGCAGGGUUACUCCUGCUGCACAGUGGAGAUGGAGGAGAAGCUGAGCCAGCAGAGCCACACGGAGAUCAAAGCUCCCGUCUCCAGGCUUAGCACCAACCUACAAUCCACCUUCAGACAGAGACACGACCACUUUGACAAGUUUUUCCGUGAGCUUUUGAAAAAUUCAGAGCUCUCGCUGCACAACAUGUUCGUGCGAACGUACGGGAUGAUGUACGUGCAGAACGCAGAGCUGUUCAAGAACUUCUUCGCGGCCCUGACUCGGUACUACGUGUCCGGCAGCGCCGCCGUCAACCUGGACUCCAUGCUGGCGGACUUCUGGGCCGACCUGCUGGAGAGGAUGUUCCGGCUGGUCAACGUGCAGUAUGAAUUCAGCGACGCCUACAUGGAGUGCGUCAGCCGCCACACGGAGCAGCUGCAGCCCUUCGGCGAUGUGCCUCGCAAGCUCGGCAUCCAAUUGAAGCGGGUCUUUGUAGCCGCACGCACCUUUGUCCGCGGCCUGACGCUCAUGCCGGAGGUGGUCAAUAAAGUUUCUACGGUCAGUGCGUCACCCAGCUGUGUGCGAGCGGCCAUGAAGAUGUUGUACUGUCCCUACUGCUCGGGCCAAGUGGCCCUGAAACCCUGCCAGAAUUACUGUCUGAAUGUGCUGCGCGGCUGUUUGGCCAACCAGGCCGACCUGGACACCGAAUGGAACAACUUCCUCGAUGCCAUGCUGGGUCUAGCCGAGAGGCUUGAAGGUCCUUUUAACUUUGAGUCCGUCAUGGAUCCCAUCGAUGUGAAGAUUUCCGACGCCAUCAUGAACAUGCAGGAGAACAGCAUGCAAGUGUCCCAGAAGGUUUUCCAAGGAUGUGGGCAGCCUAAACCAAGCAAGGGCUUCCGCUCCGCACGCUCCAUUGAAGACACAGGCUUUGGCCGCUUCCGCCCUUACAGUCCUGAUGCUCGGCCCACCACCGCUGCAGGCACGAGUUUAGACCGACUGACAAGUGACGUGAAAAAGAAACUGAAACAUGCAAAGAAGUUCUGGUCCACACUGCCAGAGACUGUGUGUGCAGGAGAGAGGAUUGCACCUGGAGACGAGUGCUGGAACGGGACCGCAAAAAGCAGGUACGAGUCGGUUGUCAUUGGCAACGGACUGGCCAAUCAGGUAUCAAACCCUGACGUGGACGUGGACAUCACAAAGCCCGACACUGUGAUUCGCAGUCAGAUCGCAGUUUUGAAGGAGAUGACGAGCUGGCUCAAAGCUGCACACAGCGGCAACGACAUCACUGUUGAUGAUAGCGAUGAUGAUGCCAGUGGAGAAGGGGAGAGCGGCAGCGGUUGUGAGUCCCCCUCCUGCGACACGGACCGGGACAUCUACUUCUCCACUCCACCCAACGUGGACAAACCCCAGGUUAAGCCAGUGGUGGUGGACAAAAGCUCCAGUGUGGCGGUGGCCUCACAGGGUAGCGUGGUGGUGGCGCUCUGCGGGCUGGCCCUGGCCCUGCUCGCUCCACACUUGCGAUAAAACUGGCUGGGCAGGAAGAGGAAGAGAACGACCAGGAAUGACGGAGCGAUGGGGAAAACUGUCAGAGAGACUUUAAAAAGACUGCCUUCAGGACCUUGGACUGUCCGCCAUUGGGGGGGAAAGACUCUUCUUAAUAUUACAAUAACUUCACUUUUAAUUAUUUGUUUGUAUGUUUUUAAGGACAUCAGUGUACAGCAAUAUGACUUUUAUCCCAAGAAAUCUGCCUUUUUCCCCCAGAUAAACCUUUACUCCUUAUGGCUCUUUUGGAGCUACACUAUGGUUCUGCUUGCAGCAUAACAAACAUCAUAUAAUUGUCUUAUUUUGGCAAUUUAAUCGCAUAACACAUUUAUGUGCCUUCUUCAGUGAUUGCCAUCUGAUGUCUCAAUAGUAAGUGAGACGUCUGGUUGAACAUUGAGUGCCUGUGGUGGGAAGUACUUUCAUAUUUCUGAGGAUGUUUUCCAUCCAGGGAUAAAAAAUAUCACCUAAUGUUGUUAUGAGCUAUUCGUAACAAUCAUUUAAUUGUGAAUGUUUGCUUCGGAGCGUUUCUACAUUCACAUGCAUCAGCUAAAGGGGUUGAUCCCAAUCUGUCGGAGCUUUUUGGUGGCUUUGCUUUGGAAAAAACAUGUUAGAAAUCCAGUGAGAGAAGUUACAGCACAGGUGUUGUAUGUUUUAAACCAGAGAUGGAAUCGUUCUUUAGAAGAGAUUUUCAAUAAGCAUGCAUAUUGUAUGUCUGCUAUGAGCGUUAUCGCAACCUAUUUUUUAAUUUCCUUCCAUUAGUUUUUAAUUUAAUUCCCUCAGCUUAAAACAGUUCAAUAAUAAGGUCAUACCUCAUGCAUGCUCUCGUUGUCAAUGCAAUCUAGUGAUGUUGAAAGUGUCUGAUAGAGUCGAUAUGUUGCCGGCAUCCUGGUGAAAGGUGACUGGCGUGGAAGGAGAAGGACUCCCCUGGCAUUAACCCGUAAGAAGGCAAAGCUGACAAGUCCUCAAUGCCCUUUUUUGGUACUGUAAGCUCAGUUCAGCACAAAGGAUCUGACUCUAUACAGUCUUACUAUUUGAAAAGGUGGCGACAUGUACGUUCAGAGCGAUUCACAUUAAACUAGAGGAGAGGAACAAAAGACAGUGCUUUGAUCAAAUGAAAUCAAAAGAUUAUUUUAAUACAGGGUUUUAUGUUGAAGAGGUGUUGUAAUGUUUAGCUAUUUUUGGUAUGAAGAUAUAUAUUAGGUACUACAGUGGAUUUUACUGCUAGUUUUAGGUGGUGGAAGAGGACAGUGUGCACAGAUAUCGGGGGCACUUUUGGUCAGUGUGCGCAGUUUUUGGUGCUUUUUUUUUUCCCGACCACAUCCCCCCGUCCCAGAAUACACACUUGUGCCUCUUGUGUCAGUAUCAAUGCUCAUUUGAUCGACCUAUCCUCAUCCUCAUGUUCUCAUCAUUUCAACUUGAGGUGGAAUGUUGAAGUAUUGUCACUACCAAAAUGAAUGCAAUAUAUGGUGCCUGAUAUUUUGUUUUUUAACCUUGGUACAUUAUUAGCAACUUCUUGCGGUAAGAAAAAAAAAAAAGAAUGUAGAUGUUGAUGAUUUGUAUCUAUUAUCUGCUCAGUCUCCCUGCAGGGUGUUUGAGUUUAUUGUUACCAGCUGACAAGCACAUCAUUAAGACUUUCUGUAUCUUCUAAUUUGAUAAUUGGUUCUGUAAGUUGCAUUACCUGGCCAUUUCAUCUCUAAAGUUGAUGCUGCCUCCAUGUAGCUUUUGUACAGUAACUUAUGCAUGUAUUUUAAUGUAAUUGCAAACAUGCUUUUAGAACUGACAUCCAAAAUAUACAGUAUUCUGAAUGUUUCAAUAUGCAAAAAAAACGUAGGUUAAAAUCAUUAAUUUCGUAAAAUAAUUGAUUAAAUUGAUCAGAUUUGGGUGCUUUGAAUAUGCAUUUUGUAAAAAAAAAAAAAAAAAGUUAAGACAGAUGGUUGAUACAUUGACAGGUUGAUUGUAAGCUUACAUGACAAUUUAU